AUGUCAUAGUAAACAUAUGUUUAAUCGGCAUGAGGAUUAUAAGGGGGUCCUUGGAAAUUUUUCUCCCUUGUAAGGGGUCCUUGGCCCCAAAAAGUUUGAGAACCCCUGCUCUAGUGCACCGAAAAAGAUGAAGGUUCAACAGCAGUUUGUUGCUACUCCUGUCGCGCUGAAGGAGUGCUUCAUCCCGCUGAACCCCGUGAGGUUCAGCAGUUCCAUGUUGGCUGUCAUGGAUGCUGUUGUCCCUUCCUAUCUUCCUACCCCUGAGUACACCGCUGUUCCACAUGACGAAACGAAACCUGUCGUGGAACGUAGGCGGAAAGCUGUUGCCUGCAAGAGGAGACCUGCAAAGCGCCAGGUUGAGGCAACACCCAGUGUUGUGGAGGUGUGUCCCCGUCCCACACCUGCCAGUCCUGUGAAAGUGGUUGCUGCUGCUGCAGAGGCUCAGGUGACACCAUGCGUGCUGGACACAUCCCCAGAGCCUUCACCUGCCACGGCUGUGGAGGAGGAGGCCCCGGUGACACCAGGCGUGGUGGAUGCCUUCCCAGUGCCAUCACCUGCCACAGCUGACGAGGAGGAAGUCAGCACACCAAGAUCUGUCAAAGAUGAGUAG